AUGAGCAAAAGCAACAUCAACGACACGUUACCAAAAAAGGAUACCGAUGAUGAUGACGACGACGAGAAAGCGAACAUGAACGACGCGAAUGAGAAAAAGAAGAAGAAGACGCCGGUGACCAUAAUCACCGGUUUCCUCGGCGCCGGGAAAACGACUCUGGUGAAUUACAUUCUAAAAAGCUCUCAACACGGCUUAAAAAUAGCCGUGAUCGAAAACGAAUUCGGCGCGGUCUCUAUCGACGAAUCACUCGUCGCGGAGAACGUGAAGGAAAAAGAAGACAUCAUUAGCAUGGAUAACGGAUGCGUCUGUUGCACGGUCCGAGGAGAUUUAGUGAGAGCUUUGAUGCAGUUGAAAGAUCGGAAAGAUAAAACUUUCGAUGCGGUUAUAAUCGAGACGACAGGUCUGGCGGAUCCGGCGCCGGUGGCGUUUACGUUUUUUCUAAAUCCAGAAAUCGCGGAUUACUACGAGUUAGAUUCUAUCUUGUGUCUCGUGGACGCGAAGCACGUACAUUUACACUUGGAAGAGGAGAAGAAAGAAGGUGCCGUGAACGAAGCCGUCUCGCAAGUCGCCUUCGCCGACCGGAUUUUGUUGAAUAAGAUUGAUUUGGUGAGCAAAGAGAGAUUGGAGGAAACGAAGAAGGUUCUGAAGGCGAUCAAUAGCAGCGCAGAGGUAAUCGAGACGCAAAAUAGUCAGGUUGAUUUGAAAAAAGUUUUAGGCGUGAGCUCGUUUAGCGUGGAGAAGACGUUGGAGCACGAUCCGAGUUUUUUGGACGAAAAUAAAUCAAAAAUUCACGACCUCACCGGAGUCGGCUCGGUCGGUAUCGAGUGCGAGGGCGAGCUGGAUUUCAAUCGAGUCAACGAGUUCAUGAUGAACUUGCUGCAAGAAAAUAGCGCGAACAUGUACCGAAGUAAAGGCGUCUUUUGCUUUCAAGGUCAAGGCGACGCCAAGUUUGUGUUUCAAGGCGUCCACGAACAAAUAAACUUUGGACCGAGCGGAAACGAGUGGCGAAAAGGCGAAAAAAAGUUGAAUCGCAUGGUCUUCAUCGGCAGAGAUUUGAAUCGAGAGCAGUUGGAGAGUGGAUUUCGAAAGUGUUUGGUCUGA